AUGGAAUCGCUGACCCCCAAGGAUCUCGACAUGUUGGCGCACCUUCUCAAGCCAAUCAUGCUGGCACAGAACCAAGGCCAAGAGGAACUGGAGGAAUAUGCAUUGCCAACAAUGACUUCUGCCAGUGACGAUGAUAAGAAGGAUGACACAGAGUGGCAUAAUCCCACCGAGUACGUUCAGCUCAAAGGAAUCAUUUGUACAAUCAAUGCUAAAGACCUCUCCUUACACAUUUCCUCAGUCCGCAAUGGACACUGUGACCCCUUCUACAAUUUUCCCGAGUUGAAGAUGGAUGGUGGGGAUUGCUGUGAAUCUACUUGUGCAAGCACAUCUCAGUAUGUUUGCGGAGCUGAAGAAAAUGGCUAUGUCAGCACAGGAUACUACUAUUGCAAUCAGCCAAAGGAUGUAUGGCAAAGCACUCUAUUGAAUGGAGAUGCCGGCUCCUAUUCUGGUUAUGCCGUGGAUCUUUCCAGGGGGUCCUUGGCUGUGUCGGAGCUGUUGCAGGACCGUGUUCGCAUCUAUGACAAAGUUGGGUCCUCCUGGGUCCUUCGAGAUACUAUCUUGGGGUCCCCAAACACAAGAUUUGGAACAGGAGUACUAGGCCUCUCUUCUGGACCCUUCAACGUGGCCAGCAACCCAAGCUUCAGAGCUCCCCUUCCAGUUGCUGUCCAAGACGGCUAUCGAACUCUUCGAAUCUACAGAUGCAACUUUCAUGGUUGUACACUUUCACAAGAGAUCCCACUGGUUUAUGACUUUGCUUUGUCGGACGAUGGUACAGUUGUUGCAACAUCCUUAUUUGUAUCUGGUCAGGCUCCCAAAGCUAUUCGGGUUUAUGAGGCGCAAGAAGGAUUAUUUGAGUUCCGAGCAGACUUAAAUGGUACAAGAAAUGGUACCCUGGCUGAUGUCCAUUCCUUGUCAUUGAGUGGAGAUGGUAGCAGAAUUGCUGUGCAAUCCCAGGUCAAAGUAAUACACCCAAUCACAAACUUCCCCGUUGUUAUUGAUGAAUACAUUGUUGUCAUGGCCUGGGAUGAGUUAACUGGUGACUAUGAUGUUGAAACUGAGUUUCGGUUUGAGUCUCAUGUGAACAAUAUUCACAUGUCUAUGUCACUGGCAUGGAGUCGAGAUGGGAAUGUUCUUGGCUAUGGCCUGCCAGUGUGUUCGGACCGACAGCUUCAUAUCCAAGCACUCAAUGAUGAAGGGGAGUGGGUGCCUCGGGCUUCCCCCACAACAAAUAUCACAGACUGCAUUGACAGUGAGCGCCCUUAUGUAAACAAUGCCUUGUCACUUUCAGGUGAUGGAUCAAUGAUCGCCUUCAGGGUUGGUACACUUGUUAGAGUUUUUGAGUGGCAAUCUGAAGCUGAAUCUUGGAAUGACGACAAUGUUACUGGUGCGAUUCUCUUUGAGCAAGAAACAUACCCAGAGGAAUAUGCCUUUGCAACAAUUGUUGAGGAGGGUUGCAUCCCGGCUGAUUCUUGCUACGUAUUUACAAUGUACAACAGGGAGGAGCGUGGCAUGCAAGCCCCUGGGCAAUUCGGCCUCUUCAUGGAUGGCGAAAAAGUUGUACAUGGAUCCUUUGAUGGCCUCUUUGUGAAGGAGUACUUUGGGAACUGUUUAUCUUGCCCUGCUGGUACUGAGAGGCUUAGCAUCAUGAUGCUUGCAUGCGAACAGAUACCAUGGGCACUGGGCAAGUUCAUUGAAGCCAAGAAUGAUACCGACUCAUCAAGCAGCAACUCCUCGAGUGAUUCAGAGGAUGAACUGGAGGUCCCACCACUCUGUAGCGAAUACUUCAAUGCAGAGGACUGUCCAAAUUGGAUUUCCUAUGAAACAUGUUUGGACCCAACAGAGUGCUAUGCAUUCCAAUUCCUUUCUAAUCUUCAAGCCCUUGUUGAAAAUGUGUUUGGGGAGCAAACAGAAAAACCAAGUUCGCAAGUGGUGUGUGGCAUGUAUACAACUGCUGUUGGGAAUGCAGAGAAGUGCUGGACAGAAAAUGCCACAACCGUUCAUUUCCAAAAUGACACUUUGGCCAAGAAUAGUACAUACUGA